UAACAACUCACUGUAAUGGAGUAAGCGAGUGGUUGAGAGGGAAGUUCGUACGAUCGAACACGCCUUUCUACCCGAGAAACUCCAUACAGUUCAAGGAAACUUGUUUCUUAGUAUCUUUUCUGUCGAGAGAGCUUAACCCGUUGAUUUGAAGCUGAAUUUGGACGUUUGGAUUUGACUUCGUUUUGUUGAUUCGCGACACGCCCGCUCGACGAACGCCAUAUUGGUUGUAUUUCACAACUUUUCCUGACACAACAUUUCCUGGAGAGAAGAUACGAGCAGCCAUUAGGCAUAAACACUUUGCUUCUGAAAGUUUACGGUAAAGAGACGCUGUGGAGUUAGUACCAUUUCCUAAAGAGAGAUUUGUUUUGGAGAAUCGUUGGAAUAAAGUUUGACUUGGCGCGCUUUGCUUAUUGAAAGUACUCGUGGUUUACCGACUAGCUGCUUCAAGAAAGACAAACAUUUCUGUUUGAAAAUAAAUAAAGUACUAAGCACUAUGACAACGAGGUCUGGAAAGCAUUUUCGAGGGGAUAAGAACGUUAUGAUCCACGACAAAACUGGAAGGAUUCUGAUUUCAUGGAAUCGCUUUGCAAGAUCGCUGAAGGAAGCGUUUGAAAUUUAUUGGGAAACCAAGCAGGCUGAAGUAACCUCCUGGUUUGAAGAACUACCAAGAAAGAUAAAAAAUAUUCCUUUCAAGGACACCUUAUUGGCUGCCAUUCCAUUUCUGUCUUAUCUAUUAGUCUAUUCGAAUUAUUCACUCCUACGAACAAUUUUAGGACUUGGCAAAGUGACAAAACCCAACCAUACUUUCUUACCAUGGAUGGAAGUGUUAGUUUUCCAUUGCCUUCCUCAUCAAAUGCUGGCAAAAUUUGCACAUCCCGCACUUGACUGUGUUGCUGCAGUUCCUUACAUAUUUCAUUUUGCUCUUCCAUUCCUGUUCAUCUUAUUCAAAAUUGUAAGCAAUCAUAGCAUUCGCGGAGUGUUUCCGUUUCUUUGGUGUGCAGGAUGGGUGAAUCUCGUCGCAACCAUCAUACAGUUCCUCUUCCCAACAGCACCACCUUGGUAUGUGGACUCAGUUGUUUUUAGUCCCAUGGGAGAUGUUCUCAAAGCAGGAGCUAAUGAAGCGGGAUUUCACAGACUUGAUGCGGCAUUAGGUGUUCCAUUCUUUCACGGACUUUAUGCAGCUUCUCCAUUGCCAUUUGGAGCAUUUCCUUCACUGCACGUGGCAUGGCCAGCAGUGAUAUUAGUUAGUGGACCCUGGAUAAAUGAAAAGUUUGCAAUGUUUCAUGUUGUGUGGAUCACGUGGGCUGCUCUGUAUUCAAAUCACCACUAUGGUGUGGAUGCCGUGGGGGGAAUUUUUUUGGUGUUUUUGGUCAAUUUUAUGAUGCGUAAGGUGUGGUGUCCGUUUCCUCUUGAAAAUGGAAAGAAACCCUCCUGCCAUUUUUGUAGAAGCAUAUCACCACCCUUAUUACAAGUUUAGCAAUUUAUAGAUUUGGUGUCUAUUUUUUAGGUUAAUUUUCAAAUUUAGACAAACUGAGAAUUUGAAAUUUUGGCUGGUGCCUUCUCAGCCUUUUGGUUUAUUUUAACUUUUUUUUAACCUUGCUUUUGUUUUUAUUUACCACAACCAACACAGCUAAAACUAAAAAAUUACUUUGUUGUCAUUUUGCAAGGGGAUUCAAUUCAUUCAUAUGAUAAUUCUGUGUUAAGGAUUAAUUUUGAGUGAAGAAUUUCUCAGUUUGUGUGUGUUGAAAAUUGCAAAAUUAUGAAAAAAAAAUACAUCUUAGAGAAAGUGAAAUAAUAUUAGUAGGAAAUUUUAUAAAUUUCAGGCUUAAAUUACUGAUUGCUAUGAUCAAUACUGAAGGUCUAGUUUGUUGAUGAUGAAUAUUCCCUGAGGUGUGAAUUGUGAUGUGUUUAUGAAAAUUGACUGGAGAAUUGGUGUAGACAAAUAUGAGGUUCUGUCUUAAAGUAGCUUUUUCUACAUGAUGCGCAAGAGCUAAAUAAUUUAAGAGUAAUAAGUUUCUCAAUAUCUUGAUGCUUCAACAUAUGAACAACCACAUAAAUGGUUUGAUAGUUUACUUUUCCUACGUUUUCAUUUUUUUAAAUUUUUGUUCAUAGUGUUGAUGUAGUAGAAGUCAGUUGGAAUAAUUAGAUUUUUUAUUUCAAUCAUUCUGUUAUUGUUUUUGUUUUUGUUUUUGUUAUGGUUUACACAAUUAUUGCUUUGUUUUUCAAUGACCACAUUGUUUGUUGGUCCUUAAUAUAAAAUAUUUCAGUUUGAGUAUAGUUAUAUCCUGAAUAGUGAAUACACUUUAUUCUCUAUUAUCAGUAUGCAUAUUCCCAUUAUCAUCCUCCACACAUUCUCUAUAUUACUAUCUAGGAGAAUUUGUUGAACAAUCAAGAGCUCUUGCUCUCCUUCUGGGGUUUUUAGAGGGUUGCUAGUAACUUGAUACAGAAUGUACACCUCUCCAGUAAUUAUUAAUUUUAAGCAAUUCAAUUGCAUAGUCAGGCUUAAACAUAUACUGACAGACAUUCAAGAGUACUCCAAUGUGAACACUCUGCAGUAAAUUUGGUUACAUAAUUAUUAUUAGUGAUGUACAUUUGAAGAGGAAGUAAUUGUUGGAGAGUAGUGAAAUUCUUUUGCAACCUGGAAGUCGACUAAAAUCGUUGUAGUUGGUAGGAGCCAUUUCAAUUUAAGAAUUUUUAGAAAACUAUCAUUUUUAAUAAAGACGUCACUGGACUGGUCCUCAAGAUA